GAUGGCGGAGAGGAUAUUAGAUCUUACCCUAGAGAUACUCCUCCUGCUUACUGGAGAGGAUUACUCCAUGGUGAAGAAGACGUCUAGUAAUCUGAUACAUGAGAAGAACAAUGAGAAGAUCCUAGAAGUUGUCCACAAGAUGAUGGAGCUGCUGACUGGAGAGGUUCCUCUAAGGUGUCAGGAUGUCGCUGUCUAUUUCUCCAUAGAGGAGUGGGAGUAUUUAGAAGGACACAAGGGUCUGUACAAGGAGGUCAAGAUGGAGGAGGACCAGCCCCUCACAUCUCCAGAGAGAUCCAGUCAGAGGACAACACCAGAGAGAUGUCCGCGUCCUCUCCUUCCACAGGAUGGUCAGGAUUACUCCAUGGUGAAGAAGACGUCUAGUAAUCUGAUACAUGAGAAGAACAAUGAGAAGAUCCUAGAAGUCGUCCACAAGAUGAUGGAGCUGCUGACUGGAGAGGUUCCUCUAAGGUGUCAGGAUGUCGCUGUUUAUUUCUCCAUGGAGGAGUGGGAGUAUUUAGAAGGACACAAGGGUCUGUACAAGGAGGUCAAGAUGGAGGAGGACCAGCCCCUCACAUCUCCAGAGAGAUCCAGUCAGAGGACAACACCAGAGAGAUGUCCGCGUCCUCUCCUUCCACAGGAUGGUCAGGAUUACUCCAUGGUGAAGAAGACGUCUAGUAAUCUGAUACAUGAGAAGAACAAUGAGAAGAUCCUAGAAGUCGUCCACAAGAUGAUGGAGCUGCUGACUGGAGAGGUUCCUAUAAGGUGUCAGGAUGUCGCUGUCUAUUUCUCCAUGGAGGAGUGGGAGUAUUUAGAAGGACACAAGGGUCUGUACAAGGAGGACAAGAUGGAGGAGGACCAGCCCCUCACAUCUCCAGAGAGAUCCAGUCAGAGGACAACACCAGAGAGAUGUCCGCGUCCUCUUCACCCACAGGAUGGUCAGAUUUUAUAUCAUGGUGAAGAUCUGCGCAAUAUUAAUGCUACAGAGACAGAUGUGAGGGGCGAUGAGGAAUACAAGGAGGAGAUCCCUACAGAGACAGAUGUGAGGAGCGAUGAGGAAUACAAGGAGGAGGUUCCUACAGAGACAGAUGUGAGGGUUUUCGAGCUCUUGCUAAAGAACGGAGGGGUCGUUCCACUCAGUAUGAUUAACUCUAACAAGCAGUAA